AUGACUGUGUAUCAUCUCCAAUCCGUGGACAACGACCUUCGGGGUCGGCUGGCCCUGGUUACGGGAUCAAGCGGUGGUAUCGGUUCGGCGUGUGCAAAGGCAUUGGCGUCUGAAGGCUGCGAUGUUGUGCUUCACUACUCUGCAAGCAAAGAGAAAUCGGAAUCUCUAGCUUCUGAGCUACAAAAUCGCUACCCAUCACAGGUAUUCGUCACCGCGCAAGCCGACCUCACGGAUCGGGAAUCCACGCGGUCGCUCGUCUCCAGAAUCCUCUCCGAUGCGGUCGUCUCAGAGAAGCACAAGGCUAUAUCUGUGUUAGUCGCAAACGCCGGGCUUGGACGCCGCAUCAGGGACGUCAAGGACAUUGGGGAGCAAGAUUGGGAUGAAAUGAUGGAGGUCAAUAUCCGGAGUCAAUUCGUCGUGACGAGGUCCUGUGUGGAGGGGAUGCGCGCACAAGAAUGGGGAAGGGUUAUUCUGGUGGGCAGCAUCGCGAGUCGCGGGAGCGGGCUCAACGGAUGCCAUUACGCAGCUUCAAAGGGAGCCCUGUCCUCUAUGGGGUUAAACUUGGCUACUCUGCUCGCACCAGAGGGCGUGACCGUCAAUGUGGUUUCACCGGCCAUGAUCGGGUCAACAGGCAUGAUCCCAACGCCAAAGGAACGGACGUGGGCUUCAGACGUCAACGUCGAGGCAUUGAAAGAAUCAGAUCCCGGCCUGGCCAUUGCCAGCAGCGUGCCAGUGCAUCGACUAGGAGCUCCAGAAGAAGUAGCAAACGUCGUGGCAAUGUAA